AUGACAACUCCUCGCGUCUUCAUCAUCCGCCACGGCGAGACGGAGUGGUCCCUCAAUGGUCGCCACACCGGUAGCACCGACAUCCCCCUGACGGCAAAUGGCGAAAGCCGUGUGCGUGCCACCGGCCGCGCUCUCGUGGGUAGCGACCGCCUUAUUGUGCCCAAGAGGAUCUCUCACAUCUACGUCUCCCCUCGCAGGCGUGCCCAGCGCACCUUUGAGCUCUUGAACCUCGGCAUCAGCGACGAGCUCCCCUGGAAGUGCCAUGGUGCUAUCGACGGCAACGGGCCUCACUGCAACGCCCGCGUCGAGGUCACCGAGGACAUCCGCGAAUGGGAUUAUGGCGAUUACGAGGGCAUUACGUCCCCGGAAAUUCGCCGCAUCCGCAAGGAGCAGGGCCUGGGGGAAAACUGGGAUAUCUGGCGCGAUGGCUGUCCCGGCGGAGAGAGUCCCCAAAACGUCACUGAACGUCUUGACCGCUUGAUAGAAGACAUCCGUCAAAGGUGGCACAAGCCCGUCAUUGGCGACAAGGACGCGCCCAAUGGUGACGUUCUCAUCGUCGCCCACGGCCACAUCCUCCGCGCCUUCGCCAUGCGCUGGGCCGGCAAGACGCUCCAGGACGGUCCGGCAUUUCUGCUCGAAGCUGGCGGUGUCGGUACUCUGAGCUACGAACAUCGCAACAUUGAGGAGCCCGCGAUUCUGCUGGGAGGCGCUUUCGCUGUUGAUAUCAUCGAGAAGGAGCAGCAGGUCAAGGAGGCAAAAGAGGCACGUCUGGUACAACGGUGA